AUGGCUUCCUCCCCCCACUCCACGGAUGAGAACACCAACCACGGAACUCCAUCCACCAACCUCACUGCCUUCACCCCUGAGGCCGACUUCGGGUCCAAGGGUCGUGUCCCAGGCUUUGUCCAUCCUGUCUCGAAGCUUCGGCCGGCUAAGCCCAAGCAUGCCAGUGUCUGCGACGACUCCCAAGAGGACGUCUUCCUUACCGCCCCUGUCGCUGCCAAAGGUCCACAGCUCUCUCCCACUGCUGAGGUCUUUACCCCAAGAUUGUCCGCCGGCUUCAUGAACAAUGGCGGCCCGGCGCAGGUUGGAUACAUUGACCGUGCUCAUGACAAUAUCGGAACUCGUUUGCCUGCUAAGUUCGCAUACUUCCCGGUGAACGUCCCCGGAGCUCCGCGUUCUGCUCAAGUCCCUGCCGUUGAUCCUAAUGCCCUUCGCUAUGGUUUCGGCCUUCUUACGCUGGAUCAGACCCCUCACAAACCUGUGGCUGGGAUCUACCUACAUGACUUCAACAUCACUGAAGGCGUCUUCACCAUGAAUGAGAAAAGCAUCUCUCGUUCCUUCGCCGUUACAGGUGUCCCACUUUCAUUCGGAUCAAAGAUCAUCAGCCGCCACUUCCCGCCCGAGUUGUUCCCAAGCAUCAGAGGCAUCAAUUCUACAGACUUCGAACCCAGUGGUCUCUUCUCGUUGUCUUGCGAUGAUAUUCGCGACGCCAAACGCGCUGCCGAUGUCGCACAUGCCAUCUUGCCAUACAGCUAUAUCUUCCCUCUCACGGCAAAGAUGUACGCGUCUGACAACGGCCGGGAUCCAGAUCUGGUCACUGAUCAUGAAGGAGAAAUCAUCAUCAACAUCUACUACCACGGUCACGCGACUGCGCCACCGGUUGAAGCAGCUCCCGUCCUGGCUGAGAUCAAGCGUCUUCUUGCGCAAUGCGGCGAUGUCAAGGCUUUCCACACCAGCCCUGCUACUCAGACUCAUCUCCGAGAGAUCCGUGUCGAGUUCUACAACGCCAGCCUCGUUCACGUUGCCAGGGAUGUCAUCCGUGGAACCAUCAUUCAUGGAGCUGUUCUCGAUGUCAUCGCAUUGCAGCCUGACGUUCGUGUUGUUUCUGAGUUCGACGAGGAACACCACGAGCAGCUUUCCGUCACUGGUCGCUCCAGAGUUCCCUUCGACCCAGACUAUGAUCGUAUUGCCUUCGCGAUCCAGCGUGAUGGUCUUCGUAACGGUCGUCGCCUCAACCAGGCCAUGAACCAUAACGCCGUCGACAUCAGCCGCAUCCAGGCGGGCCUUGAUGUUCGCACCACUAUCAUGCUCCGCAAUAUCCCUAAUCGCGUUGAUCAAGCCAUGUUGAAGAAUCUCCUCGAUGUCACGAGCCGUGGCCGGUAUGACUUCAUGUACCUUCGCAUUGAUUUCGCAAACAAUUGUAACGUCGGAUACGCAUUCAUCAACUUCGUCGACUUUGUCCUUGCUCGGGCUGGCAAGCGCUGGAAUUGCUUCGCCUCAGACAAGAUUGCCGAGGUCUCUUAUGCCACCAUUCAAGGCAAGGAUUGCCUUGUUCAGAAGUUCCGCAACUCUUCCGUCAUGCUCGAGCAUCCUGCCUUUCGUCCCAAGCUCUUCGUUGCUGGCAACGUUCCCAAUGCAGGCCAGGAAGAGAAGUUCCCUGAACCCGACAACCACUCCAAGAUGCGUCGUUCAGUCGAGAAUGCCGAGCAUGUUGGUUUGUACCUCCCUCAUUUCCGUCCCGGCUGGUUUCGUGAGCGAUUCGCUGCUGGUGAUCGUUUCCGUCGUCGUCAACCAUUGCGUCGCCCUGGAAAGUUCAACGUUGAUGGGGCUCGCCGCCGCGGUGUCUACUUGCCACCUGCUCGUGCCACCAAGUCCGAAGUGAAGGGUCCCCAGGAUUUCGCAGCGAACCCGUCACCACCACGUCGCUCACCACCACGCCGCUCACCACCACGUCACUCACCACCCCAUCGCCGUAUGCCGUUCGUGAUUGACACCCGCAGCCCUUAUGACCCGUUUGCCGGUUGUCCCCGCGCUUUUCCACAAGGCCAGGUGUACCGCGAAGAACAGCGCCGUCGCCGUUCUCAAUUCGACCGAGGCACCCCCGGUGCUGAGAAUGAGUUGGGUGUUGCACCUCGCUAUCGUCUCCAAGAUCCUGCGCUUGAACACAUUGGCAAUCUUCAUCUUCCACGCUAUUAG